AUGAUGCUGUCAGGCCACCUGUCUGCCCUGCUCCUGCUCCUGCUCCUGGGGUCUCCCAGCCGGUCCUGGGUUCCCAACUACUGCAGGACCCCCAGUGAGGCCAUCUGCAACUUCGUGUGUGACUGCUGGGGCUGCACCGAUGAGGCCCAUUGCGGCUACCACGGGACCUCGAACAGUCUGGGUGCCCCAUUCACCUGCAACUUCGAGCAGGACACCUGUGGCUGGAGGGACAUCAGCACCUCUGGUUACAGCUGGCUCCGGGACCGUGCAGGGGCCACGCCAGAGGGACCUGGGCCACACUCAGACCACACUCUGGGCACUGACAUGGGCUGGUUCAUGGCUGUGGGCACCCACCGAGGGAAGGAGGCAGCCACAGCAGCCCUGCGAUCUGCCGUCAUGCAUGAGGCAGCCCCCACAUGCGAACUGCGGUUCUGGUAUCAUGCUGGUUCUGGAGAUGUGGCUGAACUGAGGCUGGAGCUGACCCAUGGUGUCGAGACAAUGGUCCUGUGGCAGAGUGCUGGGCCCUGGCAUCCAGGCUGGCAGGAGCUUAUGGUGACUACUGGCCGAAUUAGGGGCAGCUUCUGGGUGACCUUGUCUGCCACCCGCAAUGCCACCCACAGGAGUGCCGUGGCCUUGGAUGACCUGGCCUUCCAGGGAUGUGGGCUGCCCGUCCCCCAGGCAAGCUGCCCCCUAGGACAUUACCACUGUACCAAUCAGGCCUGUGUGGAGCCCCACCAGCUGUGUGACAGGGAAGACAACUGCGGGGAUGGCUCUGAUGAAGACGCAGAUUUCUGCAGCCAACACACAGUCACUGACUUUGAGACGGGCCUGGGCCCAUGGAACCACUCAGAUGGCUGGACCAAGAACCACAGCACCGAUGGACCCCCAUUCUCUGCCUGGCCACGCCAAGACCACAGCCAGAACAGUGCCCACGGCUCCUUCCUGGUGUCUAAGGCUGAUCCCAGUGACCCUGCUGUCCUCUUCAGCCCCAAGUUCCAGGCCUCAGAUCCCCAAAACUGCUCGCUGGUCUUCUACCACUUCCUGCAUGGCUCUGAGGCUGGACAGCUGCGGCUCUUCCUGCAGACCCAGGGUCCAGGCAACCCUGAGGGGCCUGUCUUGCUGCGGAGGCGCCGCGGUGAGCUGAGGGCUGCCUGGGUCCGAGAUCGAGUGGACAUUCAAAGCAAACACCCCUUCCAAAUCGUCCUCGUUGGGGAGACAGGCCCUGGGGGAGUUGUGGGUCUGGAUGACCUCAUCCUGUCAGCAUACUGCAGGCCAGUCCCAGACCAGUCCGGCCAGCCUCUUGGGCUCCCCAUCCUGAGCCCCCAGCCUCAAGAUUUUUGUGAGCCAGGACAUCUCGCCUGUGGGGACCUCUGUAUCCCCACAGAGCAGCUAUGUGACUUUGAGCAGCAGUGCCCGCAGGGCGAGGAUGAACAGGAAUGCGGCACCACAGACUUUGAGUUACCCCUGGCUGGAGGCUGGGAAGACACCAGUGUGGGGCGACUGCAGUGGGUACGGCGGCAGGCCCAGGAUGGUGGGGGCCCAGGCACGGAUGCCAGUGGGGCCACUGCUGGCCACUUCUUAUCCCUGAAGCCAGCCUGGGGGCAGCUGACACCUGAGGCCCGGGUCCUCUCAGCCCCCCUUGGCCCCUCGGGCCCCAGCUGUGAACUCCGAAUGGCUUACUAUUUUCAGGGUGACCCCCAAGGCUUCCUGGCACUGGCUGUGGUAGAGGGCAGCAACCGGGAGCUGGUGUGGCAGGCCCCAAUCAGCAGCAGUGGUUGGCAGUGGGACUCUGUCCUCCUGGGGGCACGUCAGCGGCCCUUCCAGCUGGAGCUGGUCGGCCAGCUGGACUUGGAGGGCCCAGGCCAGCAGGGUGCUGGGGUGGACCAAGUGACUAUGAUGAACUGCAACCCCACAGCGGCCACUGAAAAAAACACAGAGGUCUCCUGUAACUUUGAGCGGGACACGUGUGGCUGGCACACUGGGCAUCUCACAGAUGCCCACUGGCACCGAGUGGACAGCCAUGGCCCCCAGCAUGACCACACCACUGGCCAAGGCUACUUUAUGCUCCUGGAUCCCACUGUGCCCCCCGCCAGGGGCCCUGGUGCCUACCUGCUCACCCAGCUCCAGGCACCAGCAGUUGCUCAGGAGUGUCUGUCCUUCUGGUACCACCUCUAUGGGCCUCAGAUUGGGACGCUGCGCCUGGCCCUGAGACGGAAAGGGGAGGUGGAUGAGCUGCUCUGGUCUAGGUCAGGCACUCAAGGCAACCGCUGGCACCAGGCAUGGGCCACCCUCCACCACCAACUGGACUCGGGCACCAAGUACCAACUGCUUUUUGAGGGCCUCCGGGAUGGUUUCCAUGGCACGAUGGCGCUGGAUGACGUAGCUGUGCGCCCCGGCCCCUGCUGGGCCCCCAAGCAGUGCUCCUUCGAGGACUCAGACUGUGGCUUCUCUAGCGGUGCCCAGGGCCUCUGGAGGCGCCAGAACAACGCCACAGGCCAGGUGGCCUGGGGGCCUCAUACUGACCAUACCACCCAGACUCCUCAGGGGUCCUACAUGGUAGUGGACAUGAGUCCGAAGUCCCUGCCCCGUGGCCACAAGGCCUCGCUGACUUCAAAGGAGCAUAGGCCACUGGCCCAGCCUGCCUGCCUGACCUUCUGGUACCACCUGAGCCUUCAAAACCCUGGCACCUUGCGGGUCCUUGUGGAGGAAGCUGAGAGGCAGCAGGUGUUGAGUGUCAGUGCUCAAGGAGGCUUUGCCUGGCGCCUGGGCAGCGUGAACGUGCAGGCUGAGCAGGCCUGGAGGGUGGUGUUUGAGGUGGUGGCCACAGGCCAGGAACAUUCCUAUGUGGCACUGGAUGACCUGCUUCUCCAGGACGGGCCCUGCCCUCAACCAGCUUCCUGUGACUUCGAGGCUGGCCUGUGUGGCUGGAAUCACCUGCCCUGGCCCAGCCUGGGUGGGUACAGCUGGGACUGGAGUGGUGGAGACAUUCCUUCCCGCUAUCCACAGCCUCCUGAGGACCACACUCUGGGCACAAAGGCAGGCCACUUUGCUCUCUUUGAAACUGGCGUGCUAGGCCCAGGGGGGCGGGCAGCCUGGUUGCGCAGCGAGCCCCUGCCCCCCACUACAGCAUCCUGCCUCCACUUCUGGUACCACAUGGGCUUUCCUGAACAUUUCUAUAAGGGCGAGCUGAGAGUGCUUCUGCACAGUGCCCAGGGCCAGCUGACUGUGUGGGGCGCAGGUGGGCACCGACGGCAUCAAUGGCUGGAAGGCCAGGUGGAGGUGGCUAGCACUGAGGAGUUCCAGAUCAUGUUUGAAGCCACUUUGGGUGGCCAGCCAGUCCUGGGACCCAUUGCCCUGGAUGAUGUCGAGUACCUACCAGGGCAGCGCUGCCAGCUGCCUGCACCCAUUCAGGGGGACAAGGCAGUGGACACAUUAGUCCCAGCCGCAGUUGGUGGUGCCCUUUUCCUGCUUCUUCUGGUACUACUGGGACUUGCAGUACGGCACUGGCUGAGGAAGAAGGGUGGCUGGCCCUUCCAAGGUGAAACAGCUCCGACAUCCAGCUUUGACAACAUUCUCUUCAAUUCGGAUCAAGUCACUCUCCCGGCUACAGUCACCAGCGAUGUCCCUAGCAAUCAGUAGAUGGUCCAAAGACCCCAACUCUUCAUGCAUGGAUUCCCUCACUCCUUCAGACCUGUCACCCCAUGAAGACUGCCCACCCUCGGUCAGCCUCGGCAGGAAGAUCCCAGGCUAUAUCCCAGACUGUGCUGACAGAACAAGCUGCGCUAGACAGGCCGGCCACCCGCUCUAAUGGGCCACAGCCCCACCCAGAUCUGCACCUGACCCUGGAUAGCACCAAAGCCACAGUGCAGGCCAGAGCAAGGGCACAACUGGGCCAAGGCAGUCAAGAGCUGGACUUGAGGCUGGGGGCCCACUGUUUUGACAGUUCCAAAUAAAGGCUCUGUAUCCAC